UCCGUGCCUCUCAUCAGCAUUAGGAGUUUGAUGCAACACUUACUUUAAAUACCUUUUUAUACCCUUCCUGCGAGGUAAUUCUUGUCGCUACCAUGCCAGCCGAGAAGCGAAACCAUUUUCUUGACCUCGAUGAGAGCGACGACGACGGCAGCCAAGGCUACGAUUCAGAGGCCGAACAACCGCGCAAGGGCGCAUCUAAGCGUCGCAAACUUAACCAAGACGAUGGCACUGACGAAGAAGAACCCUUAAGCGACGAUGAGAUCUUUGGAGAUGAGCUGGGGGAGGAUGAAGAAGAAUUUUUUAGCAAUGGCGAGGAUCAGCAAGACGAGACGCCACGUAAUAGCGAAAAGUCUCCUGGCAAAGACAAAUCAAAAUCGAAACGCGCUUCGGAUUUACCAGACAUCUCGGGGCCAUUGACGAAAAAGAACCUCGUGGCUACCGAAAAGGCAGUGAAGAGAAGCGGCGUAAUAUACAUAUCCCGAGUACCGCCAUUCAUGAAACCCGGAACCGUACGAUCGAUAUUCGAGAAAUUUGGAAAGAUCAACAGAGUAUAUCUAGCCCCCGAAGACGCGCAAGUCAGGGCGCGAAGGCUUCAGCAGGGGCAGAACCGGAAGAAGAAUUUCAACGAGGGCUGGCUGGAGUAUAUGAAGAAGUCCGAUGCGAAAGCGGCAGUCGAUACGCUCAAUGGAACAACGCUGGCGGCGGUAGGCAUGGCGAAGAAAGGGAGUUAUUACCGUGACGACAUCUGGAGUUUACGAUACCUCAAAGGCUUCAAGUGGCACAACCUUACCGAGCAGAUAGCAUCCGAGACAGCAGAGCGCCAGUCUCGAAUGCGCGCCGAGAUCAGCAAAGCAACCAAGGAAAACAAGGAAUUCGUACGCAACAUCCAGAAGGCGAAGGAGCUCGAAGGCAUACAGUCCAAAGCAGCGGCCAAGAAAUCCAGAGACGCGGAGAAGACCGAGGUGGCCGCCGCACCCGUUCCAGAAGCCGGUGAGGCGAAGAGCCUGCGCAAAUUCAAACAGUCUUCCGCGGGCAAGAAAGGGGCAGCACAGCCUACGGAGGCUGCGAAGAGAGUCCUCAGCCAGCUAUUUUGAUAUAUAUACUAUUAAUAAUGAUACCCCCUUUCGAGAUUAGACAUUUUGCAAUUAUGGAAUUCGGCAUGGCGACGAGUAAUUUGAAUAAGUGAUGCC